AUGGGGCCCCCUGUCUCAGAAGUCGCCAUCAUUCCCCUGGUGAAAGGGGCUGAUCCAUGCGAUGAGAAUGGCGAGGCAGCAAAGAUCCUCAACUCAGUAAUCCAACUUGCAACUGAGCAGCCUGGAUACCAGAGGAUGGUAUGGGGAUUGGACGAAAAAGACCCUACUGUGCUGGUUAUGAUUUUUGAUUGGGAUGAUCUCGAAUCUCACCUCAACUACAUGGCUGCUCCGUAUUACAAACCCACCAUGGAUGAGUUUAAUACAAUUAUUGAUGGCACGGUUGUUUUGUUCCAUACAACCUACGAGGAGGGAAUUGGUAUUGUGCCUCUGGUUGAGUUCAACGAUUACACGGCCGAUGUCUUCAUUGCUUUCUUCCCUGCGAGAUUCUUAACCCAGGACUUUGAAGAAGAGUUUUGUCAAGUCUCUCGGGAUGUGAACACAAAUCUUCUUGUGUUUAACGACGCGCCCUCGAGUAUUGCCAGUGGCUGGUGCACUGAUGACAUGUUAUAUGAAGAGCGCCAUGGAAAAGGACCUGAGAGACCGUGGAUUUCGAUGGUGACAUGGAAGAACACAGAAACACGACGGAGAGCGUGGGCUCGCAAAGCUGUUCUCGGUGAUAUUCGGAAACUUGUUGAAGGACAUGGAGAGCUGCAAAUAUACAUGGUUGAGUUCCACCCUGUGGUUUAUAGCAAUGGAUAG